UGGAGAAUGUUCCCUUAACAUUCCUAUAUCAGCCUUUUUUCCAAGAAAACUGAACUUGAAUAUGGACUUGUUUUAUGGUUAAAAAUUAGCCUGUGUUAUGUUUAAGGUAAGGAGAAGUAGGAUCCCCUACACAGUCCUGAAACUGCAGCCUCUGGGAUUGUAGGGUCAUCUGUGCUGCAGGUUAACACAAUUUACAUUCAUAUAUCCGUUAAAAAGAGAGAAUCAAAACAUGGGGACCCUUUUUUGAUGAGGUACUGAAUGAUGAAAGGCUAGAAACGCUCCAUAUCAAUCACUGCAGCCUCAGAUCUGUUUCAGAAGAACUUCUGCUUGUUGAGGGAAUGUAAAGCGCUGACGGUGAGCGGAAUGUUUGUUUUCUGGUUUCUAAGGGGUGGAGCGACUCUGCUCCUCAGUUCUCCACUUCUCCAUGUGUGUUUUCCCUGCAGUUCAUUUCUCAUCCUCCCUGCUGACGUCUGACUUCCGCAUUCCUCGCUCUUCCCGAUCAGGGAUCAGCGCUCGAGACUCGAGCUGAUGCAACGAUUCCCGCUCUUCAAGAUCUACUCGCGACCUCCAGCUGACGUCACAAAGGGACUCCACUCGCUCACCUCGAGACCAAAGUCAGCUGUGGUCACGGGCGUUUGUGACGUGAUGCCCGGACAGAUCCCGGACCCCUCGGUGACGGCGGGCUCACUGCCCAGUCUGGGCCCUCUAGUGGGCAUUUCUGCCACCACACUAACUGAACACCUGAAAUACGCCGACCUCUGCAACCUUGGGGCCAUGCUGUCCCCGUUACAUCUACUGGGGAAGCUGGGCAAGCGGCCGCUCCCGAUUAAAGCCGAGAAAGAUGAAGAGGAAGAGCGGAGGAAAAGAAGGCGAGAGAAAAACAAAGUGGCAGCAGCAAGAUGUCGAAACAAAAAGAAAGAAAGAACGGAGUAUCUCCAAAGGGAAUCUGAGCGUCUAGAGAUGAUGAACUCGGAGCUGAAGUCACAGAUCGAGGAGCUGAAGCACGAACGACAGCAGCUCAUACUGAUGCUCAAUCGCCAUCGGCCCACCUGCAUCGUGAGGACGGACAGCAUUAAGAGCCCUGAGAAAGAGGCCAACCCUCUCCUGGAGCAGGUGGAGGCCGAAUGAGAAGGACCCACACAUUUCCAUGUUACUGUUUACAGGUUAGCUCUUCUCCAGCUAGCUGAAGCACUUGGUUUGAAGCACUUGGACAUUUUAAGGAAGGUUGGAGAGUUGCGACUAAACAAAGCAACAAGAAAAACACACUGAUGAUGGCCUCAGUACAUUGGGCUGUGUGUUGGCAGUUACAAAACUUUUAUGGGAAUGUUUUUCCCCUGUAAAACUUUUUUUUUUUUUGGUCAUAAAGUGCCUUAUUUUAGUCUGUUUAGGAAAGAAUUGUCAAUAGUUUGUUAUGAAUUCAUAAAAACUCUCAUCGAAUGGUUGGACACGCAUGUUGUGGCCUCGCCAUCUUAACUGGAUGAUUCUUCAUGGACUGUCUCAAUGUUUAUUCACCAUUUGCUGCCUUCAGUUGCGUUUUUUUGUUUUUCUGACGCAGGCGUCAUGUAUGCACAUAUGUAUGAACUGUUUACAUCUUGCCAAUUUAUUAUAGUUAUCUACUAUACAUAUAUAUAUAUAUACAUAUAUAUAUAUAUGAUUUUUAUACUUCCUGUACAUGGACUUAUCACUAGAUGUGAUACAUUUUAUGCAACAAACAAUUUCAUAACCUCUAUUUCUGUGACUUAUUCAAUUUGUUGUAUAGCUGUGAAAACUGCAAACAUUUAUUAAACAGUGAUUUUCAAAUGUUA